AUGUACUUUGAAACAACGCAGAAGAUCAAGACGCUUGGAGUUAUAUGGGAAAUAGAAUCGGAUCACUUCGGAAUCGAAGUACGAGAAUCAAAGGCGGACGAAAAGUGGACUAAAAGAAAGGUAUUUUCUGCUAUUGCUCAGCUGUAUGAUCCUCUUGGUCUCGUCUCACCAGUAGUUACCUGGGCAAAAAUAAGGAUGCAGCAUCUCUGGUUGAUCGCGGCCGAGUGGGACGAUCCAAUUCCAGAGGACAUUUAUGUAAAAUGGCAGGAAUACUAUCAACAGUUACCAUUACUAAAGUCAUUUAAAGUUUCAAGAUACUUGUUCACGCCAGAACCAAAAGAAAUUCAGUUCCACAUCUUCAGUGAUGCUUCGGAACUGGCAUACGGGGCUUGUAUUUACGCUCGAUCCACCAACAAGGAUGGUCAAACCAAAACGGAGCUAAUCUCGGCAAAAUCUCGCGUAGCACCACUCAAGCGAGCAGUCACGAUCAUUGGCCAGGUGAUCAAUAUUCCAGUAGAUGUAGAUGAGAUGGUUCGAGUGCUUCCACGUCAGUUGGAAGAUGAUUAUGCUUUUAGUGUGUAUUAG